AAGGGCUUGCGAGCUCUCUCCUCGUUUAUACUAGUGCCGGAGCUCUUGUGAGACACACGCGCGCUCAGACCAGGUUCCUUAUUUUUAUCACGAGGGAAAGAAAGAACAAACCCAUUUCGCCAUGACGCGGGCGUUGGUAGUGCUGUUGGUGUGGGCGUGUGCGAGCAUGGUGGGCGGCGACUACAGCUCGCAGCCAAAGCCCUCGUUCGUCAUUCGGCCGGCGGGGCCCAGCAGGCAGCACGCAUGGGUGGGCUACGGCUACACUGAUCACCUCCCGCUCUCAAUCCCCAAGCCUUAUUUCAUUCCCAAGUGGGUGCCUCACAUGGACCCGACCUACACCGCCUUCUGGGUAGCCCAAACCCCCGCUCCCCCCAGGGGGCACGGCGCCCACGGCGGGCACGGUGGGCACAAGGCCGCAGCCCCCGCGGGUUCCAUCCCCUCAGGCUUUGGUCCACCCAAGGGCAACUCCGUCGUCGCUGCAACCCACGACAGCUACUCCUCCCCACCUAAGCACCACACCUCCUCGGGCGGGUCCUUCAAGGCGACACCGCACUCUGCUCCCAAAGCCCAGGCGCCCCUGCUCACGGCCCCCAUCCCCCCUGCUCCUCUUCCCCUCGCCAAUACAGAGGACCCUCUGGCGACCUUUGCACCCGCGCCUCUCGGCUCUCCUUCUCUAAUCCGGGGCUCCCGCCCCGCCCCACAGCUCUCUAACCCGCCCGUGCCCGUUGCCCUUAGUGGGGCCUCUAACGCUGUAGUCUCGGAUGGCGGUGCAGGGGAAUCCUCUUAUUCCCAGCUCUGAUG